AUGGUGGGACUGGACUAUCGGCACGGCAUCUCCGUCUUGGAGGUUAUUGUGUAUAUUCCUAGCUUGAUUAUUGCUUUGUGGGUAGCAUACAGGCAUGGGUUCAAAAGAAGCGCGGGUUGGAUCACACUGGUCAUUUUCUCGCUGGUCCGCGUGAUAGGCUCUUGUUGCUUUCUGGCUACCCUUGGCUAUCCGACUUCAAAAGACCUCUACGUGGCAUGGGCAGUAUGCAGCUCAAUCGGCUUGUCCCCACUGACGAUCUCCUGCGUCGGUCUGCUCUCUCGAGUCAAUGAAUCAAUAAAACAACAGUCUGGCAAAGAAGUCAGUCCGCGCCUAUUCAGAUUACUCGGUCUUGCCACUUUAGUCGCGGUGAUUUUGUCUAUCAUCGGCCAGGUUAAAAAUACCAAUCUGGGACAAGAGAGCUCAAUUAGUACUCUGACCAAAGUCGGCGUGGUUAUAUUCUUGGUCACAUGGGCCGGCUUGGCUUUCUUGCUUUUCUGGAUCGCAUCGCGGUUCAAUUAUAUCGAGGAUGGCGAGCGCAGACUGGUUUUCGCUGUGGGCUUGUCAGUCCCAUUGCUGCUCGUUCGCGUGCUCUACUCGGUUCUUGCAGCCUUCUCUCAUAACCCCGAGUUCAACAUGUUCUCUGGAAGUCCCACCAUCAUGUUGGUCAUGGCUGUCUUGGAGGAGAUUGCGAUCUGUGCCAUCUGUCUGGGAACGGGUGUUACUUUGUCUGUGCGAAAAUACACAGAUUACCACGAAGAGCUUGCACCCAUCAGAUAA